GAUUCUUCAAGCGACCGGUCAGAAGGGGAAAGGGUAUUCCUCAGUGUGCCUAUCUAGAGUCGACUUCUCUCAUUGCUGCUAUUGUGACUCAAUUUGUCCGUAGCAAGGCCGGCUACUAGAUACACGGACCUACUCCACCUCGUUCCAGAGGCUACCGUCAUGGCUUCGUCCCCCAUACCAGCAGCAGACCUCAAGUCAUUCACAGACCACCUUAGAGGGUGCAAAAGGGUCAUUGCCCUUCUAGGAGCUGGCAUUUCCGCCUCCUCUGGACUUCCCACCUUCCGAGGUGCUGGCGGAAUUUGGCGAUCCUACGAUGCGACUGCACUGGCAACUCCUGAAGCAUUCAACGCCAACCCAGACCUGGUAUGGCAAUUCUACAGCUAUCGAAGGCAUAUGGCCCUCAAGGCCCAGCCCAAUCGUGCACAUUACGCUCUGGCCAAGCUGGCCAAGAAGAAUUCCAAAUUUAUCACGUUGACACAGAAUGUUGAUGGCCUCUCGCAGCGAGCAGGUCACCCCUCUCACCAGCUCCACCUCCUGCACGGCUCCCUUUUUACUGUGAAAUGUACGUCUUUCUACUGCAGCUACUCGCGCGAAAAUGACUUUACCGACCCAAUCGUGCCUGCACUCGCCCUUCCGAAAGGUGCGGCAAAUCUCGAUCCAUCACCCGAAGAUUCGACAGGUGAGCAGGCGUCUCGAGCUUUGGCGGGCGCGCUGAAGGGUGGAGAAGGCGAAGAGACAGAACUGGAUAUCUCCGAUGAACGGGUUCCUCUACCCGCGCUGAGUCCCGAUGUCCUCCCCCGCUGUCCAGAGUGCAAGGAAGGGCUCCUACGGCCCGGGGUAGUGUGGUUCGGGGAAAGUCUACCGCUACGAACGCUCGACUAUAUCGACAAAUGGCUGAGUGCGGACACGGUGGAUCUCAUACUGGUAAUUGGGACUAGCUCGCAGGUCUAUCCUGCGGCAGGGUAUGUCGAUAAAGCGCGCGCAAGGGGUGCAAGGGUGGCAGUCAUCAAUAUGGAUCGCAACGAUGUCGGGUCUUCUGGGUUGACUUCGAGGGAUUGGUUCUUUCAGGGAGAUGCUGGAGUCAUCGUACCUCAGAUAUUGGAGCCUAUCAUUGGCAAGGUAUGAUAAGGAGGGGGUCCAGAAGAGGGUUCUAUCUGGCUAUCUAGAAUGAUUGCAUAGCAGACUACGAAAAGAAGAGAAGAGCGGGGUACU